AUGAUAAAAUCUGAUAAAUUUAUCGCGAGUUCCGUAGCUAAAAUCGAUAGUUUUCUUGAUAUUUUAGAAUUCAACGGCUCCAGCGCCAGCUCAUCAGGUAUGUCCCUUAACGACAUUUUAUACCCUGGUGUUAAAUUACAGAUCAACGCGAUGAACGUCUUAACCUGGAUGAGAAGACAUAAGCUCGUCUUUGGGACGGACAUCAUCAAGAUGUUCAGACAGAUUAAGGUACAUCAGGACGACUGGGAUCUUCAAAGGAUAUUGUGGAUGGACGACGAUCAACAGGAAAUCACCUUCCAGUUAACCACAGUGACCUACGGUCUCAAUUGUUCGCCCUGGUUAUCACUCAGAGUGCUCCAACAAUUAGCAGACGAUGAAGGACACCGUUUCCCAGCAGCAGUCGAAGCGAUCACGAGAGGUCGUUACGUCGACGACAUAUACGGAGGGUCCGACUCAGAAGAAGGCCUCAAGGAAAUAGCAGUGCAGCUUCAAGGACUAUGCAAAGCAGGCGGUUUCAAUCUACAAAAGUGGAGCAGUAACUGCCCAGAAGCUCUUCAUCAACUAGGCCUAACAACAGAGAGCAGCCUGAUUCAAUUUGAGGAAUCAGUGACAAAAGUACUUGGUUUGUGUUGGCACCAGUCAACCGACACAUUCAGGUACAAAUCGAGGAAAUUCAACGCAGCUACCAUCACCAAAAGAACAGUGUCAUCGGAGAUAGCUCAGAUCUUCCAUCCAUUGGGAUUCAUCGCCCCAGUGGUAGUACAAGGGAAAGUUCUCCUGCAGGGGCUAUGGAAGCGCAAAGCCAACUGGGAUGAUCCUCUUCCAGAGGAGUAUAAGAAACGUUGGAGGACAUUCCGAGGAGAUCUCACCAACUUAGACAGAGUUACUGUACCCAGGUGGAUACAGUUAUCAUCGAAGAUUACCAACAUCCAAAUCCACGGAUUCGCAGAUGCCUCAACGGUAGCCAUGAGUGCAGUGGUCUACCUUAGAACGAGAUCAAGCAACGAGAAUACAUCAACAACUUUAGUGUGUGCGAAAACCAAGGUCACACCAAUCAAAAGGAUAACCAUACCUCGGCUAGAGCUCACAGCAGCUCUACUCUUAACCCAGCUAGUGGAUUCAACAUACGAGAUGCUUCAACUAGACCGGAAUCAGACGGAAACCUAUCUCUGGUCAGACUCAUCAGUCACACUAGCCUGGAUCAGAAGCCCAGCCUCAAGAUGGAAGGAUUUCGUCCAUAACAGGGUUAUCAAAAUACAGGAAACGCUACCAAAGGCCAUAUGGAGACACGUCAGUGGCAAAGAAAACCCAGCUGACUGUGCCUCAAGAGGAAUCUCACCAAACGAGUUAGUAGAUCAUCCACUCUGGUGGUCAGCACCAAGCUGGAUUAAUCAGGAUCCAGAAAACUGGCCUCAAUCAACCAUAGACGUAUCAAAAAUGGAUACUCCAGAGGUGGCCAAGGAAGCAAAGCCAGUACCAGCACAUCCAGCAAGGAUGAAAAUCAGCAAGGUAGCAGAACUCCUCAACAGAUACAGCAAAAUGGCCAAACUGUUGGCAGUAACAGCGACUAUCAACAGAGCGAUAGACAGAUUCAGCCGGCGCCCAACGCCCCCGGGACCUGUCCUGACAACUAGAGAACUAAAUGAAGCAAGAACAUUCUGGGUUAAGGUAACACAAGCACAAUAUUUUGAAUCAGCUAUUAGACUUUUGCAGAGAGAUCAUCAGUUACCAAGAAGUCAUCAGCUAGCUAAGCUAACACCAACGCUAGAUGACCAAGUCAUCAUGAGACUAGGAGGUCGUCUGAAGAACGCUGAACUCAGUUCAGACGAAAUACAUCCAAUAAUCCUACCCAGACAGUCAAGGUUCACCACAUUGGUCAUUGCCGAAGCUCACCAGAGAACUCAACAUGGAGGUACCCAACUGACUCUAGCCUAUACGAGACAAAGAUAUUGGAUCGUAGGAGGCAGAGGUACUGUCAGAGCAUACAUCUUACGCUGCGCCAUCUGCACCCGUCAUCGAGGAAGACAAGCUCAACAGCAGAUGGGUCAACUGCCAUCAACAAGGAUUUCACCAGCCAGGCCAUUUCUCCACACAGGAGUGGAUUAUGCAGGUCCAUUCCCCAUCCUGAAGUGGAGGCCAACAAAUGCACAACCAGGAACAGUGCAUAUAGCAGUAUUUGUGUGCUUCACCACGUCAGCAGUUCACCUAGAGCUCGUCAACAGGCAGACAACAGAGGCUUUCAUCGGCGCCUACAAAAGAUUCACAGGAAGACGUGGCAUUCCAGCAGUCAUGUAUAGUGACAAUGCCACCACCUUCACAGGAGCAGCAGAGGUCCUAGAGCAACUUUAUCACCAGGAGUCAAGAGAAACCCAACAAGUUCAGGCUGUCCUCGCAACCCAUGGAACUCAGUGGAAGUUCAUCCCGCCAAGAGCACCACACUUUGGUGGUAAAUGGGAGGCAGCCGUGAAAUCCGUGAAGUAUCACCUGAAGAGGAUACUAGGACCAUCUACACUCACAUACGAAGACCUCAACAGCGUGAUCAUCCAGAUAGAAGCCUGUCUCAACUCCAGACCAAUCUGUCCCAUGUCAGAUGAUCCAGAAGACCUCCAAGUGCUCACUCCAGGACACUUCCUGGUAGGAGAGCCCCUUCAACCAGUACCAGAACCAUCUCUUCUCCAGAAACCUAGCAGCAAGCUACAGAGAUGGAACCUCGUCACCCAGAUCACCCAACAACUCUGGUCCAGAUGGUCUAAGGAGUGCUUGCAGAGAUACCAAGCAAUCUACAAAUGGAAGAAUCAACAGGACAACAUCAAGGUCGGCGACAUGGUCCUGAUGAUGGAUGAAUAUCCACCCGCAACGUGGCCAAUCGCCAGAGUCAUCGCAACACGACCAGGAGCAGAUGGACUCACCAGGGUCGUCACAGUGAGAACAGCAAGACCCCAAGUGUCAAGACACGUUGACGGGUCACCGGACCCUCAAAAUAUAAGGGUAACCUACGCAGAGUUUGACAGACCAAUUGCCAAACUCUGUCUACUACCAUCAGAUCCACCACCAGCAGAAGAACCUCCAGAGGAUCAACAAGGGGACCUCCAGGAAUCACAGGACUGA